AUGGUAGUCAAUGUCCUGUUUAUAGAUUCUUAUGACUCUUUUUCGUACAACUUGGUGAAGUUGAUUCGGGCCCAAAGCGACCAAAUUCAUGUAACCAUUAUUCACAACAACACAUUCGCUUCAUUUGAUGAAUUGCGACAGUUUUUGACCUAUUUCGACUGCAUUGUGGUGGGUCCCGGACCGGGGAACCCAAAGAAUGGCUACGAAGAUGUGGGGUUACUUAAUGAGAUGUUCUGCAGUGAACUACAGGUUCCAGUGCUCGGAAUCUGUUUGGGAUUUCAGGUGAUGUGCUUGUCUGCAGGUUGCACUAUUAGUCAAUUGAGCGAGAUCAAGCAUGGACAAGUAUAUGACAUUAAGGUCAUUAGUUCAGAAAGUAAUGAGGAGGGGUCUUCGCGGAAAUCUUUGUUUGAAAACUAUCCAACAACAUUCAAGUCGGUGCGCUACCAUUCGCUAAAAGUGUCGGUCAAUGCCGAUUCUACCAGUGUCUAUCCCCUGUGUGAUACCACCGACGAGAAUGGGAAAGUGCUGAUGGGUGCUCAAAUUGCCGCAACACCGUGGUAUGGCGUUCAGUACCAUCCAGAGUCUUGCUGCUCAGAUUUGGGCGGCCUUUUGAUCUCCAAUUUCCUGACCAUUGCUAAGAACUUCAACAAGUCACAACAGAGACUGAACUCAAGGUACCGCCUGGCAGAGGAUGAUCUUCAAAGGCAGAAGAUAAUUGCACUUUUGGACAAAACAAUUGAUAAAACCAGCGUCUAUAAGAAACCAACGCUUACAGACUCAAAGAUAACUAUAAAAGAACACAAGAUCGCUCCAAACGCGCGGUUGGCUCUAGAAUUUUGCAAUUCUUUGGCAGUGCCAUUCUUCUUGAUGUCCUCUUCGACUAUUCAGGAUAAUAGAGGCGAGCAUUCCAUUAUAGCGUUACCAAACGAACGGUCCACGGUUUUUACGCAUUACGAUCAGCUGCACAAAACUUUGGUUUAUAAAUGGCGCGAUCGCAGAAUUUCAAAAGACAUGAUUGCAGCAGCAACGUCAAAUAACGAGGUCAACGUCGAAGGGCUUGAUUGCAUAAACGAAGAUAAAGGUAAUUUCUGGAAAACAAUUGGAAGCUUCAUGAAAGACCAAUUGGUCUCGAAUAGGCCCGAUCUUCCAUUUAUUGGAGGGUUAGUUGGGGUUUUAGGCUACGAAAUGGGGAGUUUUACGGUGAACAGAGAUAAGGGUAAAAUUGUGCCUGAUGCUAAGUUAGUAUUCAUCGAGAAUAGCAUUAUAGUUGAUUUGAAGAAAGGGAAAGUCUCCUUCAUUUCGCUAAACAAUAACUUUCCUGCAGAUAUUGAGAAAAGGGUCCUCGAUGUCAUAGCAGUUGAUGGCGUCAAAUCGACUUCAUCGGAUCUGGCUCAGCUACCCCACGGUGUGGGGUUCGGCAUAAAAAUGCCAACGAAAGAGAAAUAUGCCGAGGCGUUCGAGAAGUCACAAAAAUAUCUUCACCAGGGAGAUUCAUACGAAGUAUGCCUCACAACUCAGACUGAAGUGAGGCCAGAAAAACGCGUGGACCCGUGGAGAAUUUUCCAAACACUUAUUAGAAGAAACCCGGCGCCUUUUGCCAGUUUUUUUGAGUUCAGUGAUCUAGAAGCAGGAUGGUCCGACCUCUGCUUGCUGUCGACUUCUCCUGAGCGGUUCUUGAAAUGGGAUCGAGAUUCUUGCGAGCUGCGUCCCAUCAAAGGAACAGUGAAGAAAGACGAAUCAAGCACUUUGGAGUCUGCGACGAAAAUUCUCAAGACGCCAAAGGAGUUUGGAGAAAAUUUAAUGAUUUUGGACCUGAUCCGCAAUGACUUGUACGAAUUGUUGGACAAGGUAACCGUUGAUGAGCUGAUGUCCGUCGAGGAAUACGAAACGCUUUACCAGCUGGUCAGUGUUGUGAAGGGACAUAAGCUGCAUGAUUCACCGUACUCAGGGAUCGAUCUACUACGACACUCGCUGCCGGCAGGCUCGAUGACUGGCGCGCCCAAGAAAAAUACCGUCCAAUUGCUGCAAGACGAAAUCGAAACAGAUCUCAAUGCUCAUCUCACCAGUUCAGGCGUACGCGGUGUAUAUUCUGGUGUCACUGGUUACUGGAGUUGCAACGACCGUGGCGACUGGUCCGUGAACAUUCGGUGCAUGUACUCGUACGACGAUGCCGAAUCGUGGCGUUUAGGUGCUGGUGGAGCCAUCACGGUGUUGAGCACACUGGAAGGAGAAUGGGAGGAAAUGCACACCAAGCUUUCCAGUGCGCUGCAAAUAUUCCGCGACAGUUCGAACAACUGA